UGCCGGUUCCGCCGCGCUCCAGGUAUCUUUUUCUGAACAAAAGCUGCCUCAUCGUAUGUUUCAAGGAUGGCUCUUCCUAUCAUUGUAAAAUGGGGUGGACAGGAAUAUUCAGUGACCACAUUUUCAGAAGAUGAUGCUGUGCUAGAUCUCAAACAGUUUCUCAAGACCCUUACGGGAGUGCUACCAGAACGCCAGAAGUUACUUGGACUCAAAGUUAAAGGCAAACCUGCAGAAAAUGAUGUUAAGUUUGGAGCUCUCAAACUGAAACCAAAUACUAAAAUCAUGAUGAUGGGAACUCGUGAGGAGAGCUUGGAAGAUGUCUUAGGUCCACCUCCUGACAAUGAUGAUGUUAUUAACGACUUUGAUAUUGAAGAUGAAGUAGUUGAAGUAGAAAAUAGGGAGGAAAACCUACUGAAAAUUUCCCGCAGAGUAAAAGAGUACAAAGUGGAAAUUUUGAAUCCUCCCAGGGAAGGGAAAAAACUUUUGGUACUAGAUGUUGAUUAUACAUUAUUUGACCAUAGGUCUUGUGCAGAGACUGGGGUAGAAUUAAUGCGGCCAUAUCUUCAUGAAUUCCUAACAUCUGCAUAUGAGGAUUAGGACAUUGUUAUUUGGUCUGCAACAAAUAUGAAGUGGAUUGAAGCUAAAAUGAAAGAGCUGGGAGUGAGUACAAAUGCAAAUUACAAGGUUAUCUUCACGUUGGACAGUGCUGCUAUGAUAAUAGUGCAUACUCCAAGGAGAGGAUUAACAGAUGUAAAGCCUCUUGGUGUUACAUGCGGAAAGUUUUCGGAGUUUUACAGCAAAAAAAACACCAUCAUGUUUGAUGACAUAGGAAGAAAUUUUCUAAUGAACCCACAGAAUGGACUAAAGAUAAGACCUUUUAUGAAAGCACACCUAAAUCGAGAUAAAGACAAAGAACUUUUAAAAUUAACCCAGUACCUCAAGGAAAUAGCAAAGUUAGAUGACUUUUUGGACCUAAAUCACAAAUAUUGGGAAAGGUAUCUCUCAAAGAAGCAAGGACAGUAGUUACAAGCUAUACUGGCAGUUAUUGAAGAUACUUGAGAUCCAUGAACUUCUUUUUGCUUUUAUGCUAAAGAUCAUUAUGAUAGUGCUGGACACUGCAGCAAAUAUCAGACUGCUUAUACUUGGUCUUCCGGUUUUUUGUAAAUUUAGUUUUAUAUUUUUUGAAGAUCAUAGCAAUACACCAAAAAAAAAAAAAACCACCUUUUUCCCCCUGUAUGAAUAUACUGUAACUCUUGAAAAAUAUUUUCUCCAGCAUAGAGUACUAAAUUUUAUUCCCCACACACACACAAAAAGUGGACAAAAAUGUAUGCUUAACAAUGUCAUUUUGUGACUUUGGAAAUAAGUAUGUCUUGUGUUUUUGUCUCACUGUGUUGUUGUCUAAGCCCAAACCCAGCUUGAAACUACUGUUUUUAAAACCAAAAAAAGAAAAGUUUUUAGUAAGGAACCUAGUUUAGUAUGCUUAAAACCACCGAGAGUUUUUCUUAUUCCUUUGUCAUAAACACAAUUUCUCUUAUUACUCCACUACUUACAUCUCUAAAUUCUGAGCUGUCUCAGUUUGGUGUGUGUGUGUGUCA